CUCGGCGCCGACUCUCCGGCCCCGGCGAGGUGGCUGCAAACUCUCGGGCACGCACGGCGCUCGGGGAUCCGGACUCGGGGGAGGGGACGCGCACGGAAGGCGCCAGCUUCCUCCCGCCCGCCCCUCGCAGCCGCGAGCCGAGGUCGGAGGAACCCGGAGCCCCAGCCCGGCAGAGCUGAGCGGCGGCGGCGGCGGCUUCCCUUUUCUCCCCCAGCGAGCCCUGAAGCGCCUCGGGGACCGGCCGUAAAAAGAGCAGGAAAUCUUGUUUACCGCCCGGGGAGCACAGCCGAUCGAGCCUUUGUCUGGAAAGUCAGCAUCUCUGGCUCCGUCAGCAAUGUGUGCCUGGUGACAUUAGCCUUGGGCAGACCGGCCGGAAAAGGGGGGUCGCCAGGUUCAGAUCUGGUUUCAGAGGCGGAUCGAGCGGUUGACUUUUGUGCAUUCGUUUUAAUUUUUGGAAAUCUCUCUUUUUCUUCCUCCCUCGCCCGCUGCCGGGCAUGUCCUGAUCUGGCGCCCGCUACUACUGCCCCGGGCUGCCGAUCAGAGAGGUUUCCAGUGGGUCUCCCUCCCUCCCUGCCUGACUUUGCAACACCGCGUUCCAGGCGGAUCGACCUCGGCGAGGAAGGAGGCGGGGGAGCCGCGAACACCAGGACCCAAGCCUUGACAUGCUCUCGGGCGGAGAGGAGGAAGCCAGGACCUGAGCGCACCGCCGGGGCUGCUUCGCCGCCCGGCUCCGAGCACGGCGCUCCGGGCGCUUUGCCCUGCGCCUGGGCGGCAGCCUUGUUGGUCUGGGGGAGCCCCCCCUCUUCCCGCCUCGGGGGUCCGCGGCCGGCAGGACCAUGCUGCUGAAGGAGUACCGGAUCUGCAUGCCGCUCACCGUAGCCGAGUACAAAAUCGGACAGCUGUACAUGAUCAGCAAGCACAGCCACGAACAGAGCGACCGAGGAGAAGGGGUGGAGGUCGUCCAGAACGAGCCCUUCGAGGACCCUCACCAUGGGAACGGGCAGUUCACGGAGAAACGCGUGUAUCUCAACAGCAAACUGCCUAGUUGGGCUAGAGCUGUUGUUCCCAAGAUAUUUUAUGUUACAGAGAAGGCAUGGAACUAUUAUCCCUACACAAUUACAGAAUACACAUGUUCCUUUCUGCCAAAAUUCUCCAUUCAUAUAGAAACCAAGUAUGAGGACAACAAAGGAAGCAACAACAGCAUUUUUGACAAUGAAGCCAAAGAUCUGGAGAGAGAAGUCUGCUUUAUCGAUAUUGCCUGCGAUGAAAUUCCAGAACGUUACUACAAAGAAUCUGAGGAUCCUAAACACUUCAAGUCAGAGAAGACAGGACGGGGCCAGUUAAGGGAAGGCUGGAGAGAUAGUCAUCAGCCCAUCAUGUGUUCCUACAAGCUGGUGACUGUGAAGUUCGAGGUCUGGGGGCUUCAGACCAGAGUGGAACAAUUUGUACACAAGGUGGUCCGAGAUAUUCUUCUGAUUGGACAUAGACAGGCUUUUGCAUGGGUUGAUGAGUGGUAUGAUAUGACAAUGGAUGAUGUUCGGGAAUACGAGAAAAACAUGCAUGAACAAACCAACAUAAAAGUUUGCAAUCAGCAUUCCUCCACUGUGGAUGACAUAGAGAGCCAGGCCCAAACAAGUACAUGACAAUGGAUGAAGUCCGAGAAUUUGAACGAGCCACUCAGGAAGCCACCAACAAGAAAAUUGGCGUUUUCCCCCCUGCCAUUUCU